AUGUCUGCAACUAAGCCCCUGCUUUUGCAUGCCCAUAUAACCGGGCCCAACCCGAUCAAGAUUGCCAUCGCUCUGGAAAUAUUGAAGGUCCCCUACGAGAUAAAGCUCUGGGAGUUCGGCGAAGAUCCGGAAAAUGGUGUCAAAGGUGCCAAGUUCCUGAAGAUCAACGAGAAUGGCCGCGUCCCUGCGCUUGAGGACCCCAAUACGGGGGUUGUGAGCUGGGAAUCUGGCGCUGUCAUGAAUUAUGUUCGAAGAAGAUACGAUGUCGAGGGAACCUUGGGGCCCCGCGGUAAGGACGAACAAUCCAUCGUUGACUUCGAGAAAUGGGAAUACUUCCUGCUCUCGACGCUGGGUCCCAUGACCGGUCAGACCAACUGGUUCAGACAUUACCAUCCGUCAAAAAACGAAGACGCCUUGAGCCGUUAUGAAGAACAAACGUACCGAUGCUAUGGUGUGUUGGAGCGGCAGCUAGAGAAGACCAAUGGCGACAGCAUCAUCCCUGGUGGCAUCAAUGCAGUCGAUCUGCAUUUCUUCCCGUGGGUGAAGCAGUACGAGUUCGCUGGGCUCAGACUCGACGCUUAUCCCCACAUUUACAAAUGGCUGAAGAAAAUGAAGGGCUUGGAGGAGGUUGAGAGUGCCUAUCAGCGGAUCGGGGAUGCCACGAAACAGAAGCCGAAGUAA